CCUCCCCGCACGGCUGCUCGGACCGCGGGCGGCCGAGGGGCGGGCGCGCCGCUGCAUCCCCAUCCUCGGCGCAGCUCGGCACAGAGCGAGCGAGCGGCGACUGGCCGGAGCGGGCGGGCGCAGCGCUGAGGCCCGGCCAUGGCCACCACCAGCACCACGGGCUCCACCCUGCUGCAGCCCCUCAGCAACGCCGUGCAGCUGCCCAUCGAUCAGGUCAACUUUGUAGUGUGCCAACUCUUUGCCUUGUUAGCAGCCGUUUGGUUUCGAACUUAUCUACAUUCAAGCAAAACUAGCUCUUUUAUCAGACACGUAGUUGCUACCCUUUUGGGCCUUUAUCUUGCAUUUUUUUGCUUUGGAUGGUAUGCCUUACACUUUCUCGUACAGAGUGGCAUUUCCUACUGCAUCAUGAUCAUAGCAGGAGUGGAGAGCAUGCACCACCCAAUGAUGAUCAUUACGCAGAAGAUCACUAGUUUGGCUUACGAAAUUCACGACGGGAUGUUUCGAAAGGAUGAAGAACUGACUCCAUCUCAGAGGGGAUUGGCUGUGAGGCGCAUGCCGAGUCUCCUGGAGUACGUCAGUUACACCUGCAACUUCAUGGGCAUCCUGGCAGGUCCACUCUGCUCCUACAAAGACUACAUUGCUUUCAUCGAGGGCAGAGCAUCCCACAUGGCACAGUCAGGUGAAAAUGGAAAAGAAGAGCAGCAUGGGAAAGCAGAGCCAUCUCCAAACGCAGCAGUUACGGAGAAGCUCCUGGUCUGUGGACUCUCCUUGUUAUUCCACUUGACCAUCUCCAGCAUGCUACCUGUGGAGUACAACAUUGAUGAGCAUUUCCAAGCCACCGCAUCGUGGCCAACCAAAGCCACCUAUCUGUAUGUCUCUCUCUUGGCUGCCAGACCUAAGUACUAUUUUGCAUGGACCUUAGCUGAUGCCAUUAACAAUGCAGCAGGCUUCGGUUUCAGAGGAUAUGACAAGAACGGAGUGGCUCGCUGGGACUUGAUUUCCAAUUUGAGAAUUCAGCAAAUAGAGAUGUCAACAAGUUUUAAGAUGUUUCUCGAUAAUUGGAAUAUCCAGACAGCUCUUUGGCUCAAAAGGGUGUGUUAUGAACGAGCGACCUUCAGUCCGACAGUCCAGACAUUCUUCCUCUCGGCCAUUUGGCAUGGUGUCUACCCAGGAUACUAUCUGACAUUUCUAACAGGAGUGUUGAUGACGUUAGCAGCUCGGGCUGUGAGGAAUAACUUUAGGCAUUACUUUGUUGAACCCCCUCAACUUAAGUUAUUUUAUGACAUCAUAACGUGGGCGGCAACCCAAAUAACAAUAAGUUACACGGUUGUUCCCUUCGUGCUUCUCUCUAUAAACCCAUCGUUCACGUUUUACAGAUCCUGGUAUUACUGCCUCCACAUCUGUAGUAUCUUGGUGUUGCUGUUGCUGCCGGUGAAAAAGUCUCCAAGAAAAAAGAACACAGAGGAAAAUGCUCAGCCCUCGUGGGCCAAAAAGUUUGAUGAAAGAGAAAAUUCUCUGGGACAGAACAGCUUUUCCAUGAUGAAUAAUGUUUGCAAUCAGAACCAAGACACUGGCUCCAGACACUCGGCACUAACGCAGUGAGGGGGAGAGCACUGGAAGGCUGUUUCCCGUCUGUGAGCAGAAACCAGUCCUGACGCCUUUGCAGAGCCUCCUGUUUGAGGAAGAGAGACUAACUGGGUGGAAUGGGACGGUCUCGGAUGGGGGAUUUCCUGUACACUAGAUUGGAAAUGGAAUGAAACAACCCCUCCCAUGCCAUGUUCCUGUGGGUCACGCCUUAUACAAAAUCUUCCCAUGUUUCAGCAGGGCGCUCUGACCUCAGCCCUCAAGGUCAUAGGUGUACCCUGUUGCCGAAUGUACACUGCGUAUCCCAAGGCACUGAAGAGGUGGAAAAAUAAUCAUGUCAAUCUGGACGAUUAACUUUUUCCAAAUGAAUGUCUUGCCUUAAAUCUUCCGUUUCCUAAACUGUUGUUCCGGGAUGGUGUUUUCAAGGGUAAUAUGGUGAGGAGACGAUUUCAAUAUUUGAUAUGGUGUGCUGCAGAGAGGAUUGAGGAGGAGACUAAAGCCGGAUAUUUAACAUUGUGGGUACUUAGAAAAUGCAAUAAACAUCUCAGUAUUUGAAGGGUUUCCUUAAGGUAUCCUAGAGGACUGUAUGCAUGGUGGAACUGUACACAGUCAGGGCUUCAUUACAGGUAACUUCUUAUUCUGGGAGCUUAAUUACCUGGUGUCAGUCAGGGGGCCCUUCCAGGAGGACUUUCUUAAACAUAAUUAAAGGUUGGCAAUGUGAUAUUUUGGGCUUAUUUUCUUAAGGAAAAAAAAAUAGUAAGAGGGACGAUGAGGUAAGCAGGCCAGAAGUAGGAAAGCACCGUGCGGCCUGCAGCCAGCGGCAGAGGGCUCCCUUCUGUGUCCGAGACCAGUGUAACUGUAGGGGACACAACGGCUUCAUAGUGAUAACACGGUGGACUUUCUGAAGAAAGCUCUCGAGCAUAAAUUACAUAGAGUUAGAGGGGGUUAUAAGAGUAACAGUGAUAGAUGAGUUGAAGAUUUUGAAAGAAAUCUCUAGUAAUUAAGGUCCUUGUAUGGUUCAUCAGUUUCUUGUCCCUGUCCUUUUCAUUGCGAUUUGGGAAAGAUUUAGGGAAAAGAAAACUUAGUUGAUGAGUCUAAAUGACCUUUUUUUUCCCCGAAAAUUAAUAAAUUAGUUUCUAUACUCUUUAACUUCAUGCAUUAAAAUUCUUCUAUUAAACUCUUGUUAAAGUGGGUGUUAGAUUCUCUCAACACAAAUACCGUGUUCUCCUCUUAGGCGGUCACUCUUGCCUGGAGUGACUGGAUUUGUCUUUAGUCGAGUGGUGUGGGCUACAGCAGCCUUAAGGGCUGGGUUUGAGGUCAUGGAACCGAGCCUGAGACUAGAGAAAAAGGCAGGGCCUUUGGGCCUCACUGUUACUUGACCAAUCUUUUUCUUUUUCUUUCUUUUCCUUUUUUUUUUUUUCUUUUGUGAAACUUGUUUUGGUUUUGCCUUAAAUUUUCAAAUGAAAUCCAAGCUGUCAGAUGAGUUUUUGCCGCUAACACAUUGUAAGUAGAGUUAAGGAAGAAGCGGCGGUGGUGGCAGAAACCUAAAGAUGUCAGAGGAAGAAAGAUGCAGAUGCUGGCAUGGCAUUCUAGGACCUGGGAGCCAUACGUGGCGUGUUCGCUUUUCUGAAGGCAGGUCGCUUCUGAUGAGGACCGUCUUCUCCUGGCCUCUAGGGUCCUCCCCUUUCCCCAGGAAAUGUCCAGUAAAAUACUUUUUUCUUAGUUUUCUGUCCCAUGUGUUGAAAUCAAGCCAGCUGUAGAAUUUGAGGAGAAAGAAAAUAGUAUUCAUGGAGAGUACCCGUCCCCCAGAUGUUUCCACGAUUUCAUGAACUUGAUGGAGAAUCCAGUCACUGUUAAAGACAGCAGUGAAGAAAAGACAACUUUUCCUAAGUGAAACCAGAACAGCCUUAGAAGCUGCUGCAGGCUUGAUCCAUCUAUCCAGCCACUCACAAAUUACCCUAUUUGUAUCUGCCACCCAACACACUUUCUUUCCGAGCCUAUACAUUGAGCCUCCAUUGUCUGUUUCCUCUUAUUGAAUUUAUAAUCAUAGCACUAUCAUCCAAAGAGCAAGACGGUUGCUCACUGUUCUCCUUCCCAGCACAUGCACGGCAUUCCAACCUGACUGAUUUCCCUUUUCAUUCCUCUACGGCUGCUAGUUACAUUCAUGAGGUCGUUUUUGGAUGACUGUCUUCUAAUUUGGAGACAUAAUCAGAACACAAUUUAAAAUUAAAUAAAUCAAAUUCUCAUUCCCCCCCCCAAAAAAAAUCCCCACGUUCUAUAAAAUAAAUGUCUAGUUGGGAUACUGUAAAUAUUACUUUGUUUCUACUUAGAAGGAUUUAAAACUAAUGUUUGCCCUGCUGUGAAUUCUGAAGGAUCAUCCUACCAUGUGCCCACUGCAUUUAACCAGCAGAGCGGGACACUGUGUGCUUAUAGGAUUUUUCCAUUUCUUGAGUAUCCUGAAAUCAUUCUGGAGAUGGCCAGUCUACAUCACAUUUAUACUUCUGUCCAAAUAUAUACUACUCAGGGAAAAAAAAUAGAACAAAAAUAUUCUUCCCUCAAAUCUCAUUUUCUUGAAACAGUAAUUGUCAAUUUGGUGCAUCUCUGCUCACUUUUUUUUUUCGUUUUUUUGUUUGCUUGCUUUUGUUUGUUUGUUUGUUUGUUUGUUUUAAUACACAUUUUAAUUGGAGCCUGGAGUGACUGAGGAAGCUUGCUUAGCUUUUAGAAUACUCAGAGAUGGAGAGAAGGUUCUCUAGGUUUCAGAGAUGUUUGAUCUCUGUCUUAUCAUGCUGGUCCUUACCGUGGAUGACACCCACACAGGGUAUUCCCACGCAUGCCACUUUGGAGGAAGUUUCUAGAAAAUGAUGGUGAUUUUGUGUAAGUACUUAGUGGUUGGCUGGUCCUUCUGGCUUUUGCCUCGGGGAGCACCACCUCCUCCACCCCCUCCCCCUAGUUCUGUAGGGCAAAGAGGGACCCGGUUACUGCCAGCUGCUUUUUAUAAAAAGCGAGGCGGUAACAUUUUAUAAAAUGGUUGUCUACCAACAGGAGGAAUACCUUUUAAUCCAUUAACUCAAAACAGGUAGCAACAUGCCAUUUCCUGGUUGCUUUCUUUAGUUUCUGUUUCUGUUGGGUAAAACUGGAAAGGAUUAAAUAUCCCCCAUAAAUUGCUGAUAUUACUAGACGGGGUUUAUCACCAUGUAACUCUACAGCAAUUAUUUAAUUUAGAGAAUUUAGUCAUUUUUUUAAUUAUGGAAAAGAAUUUAAAAUCGCCAUCAAAAUAACCGUCAAGUUUUACUUCCGAAGACUAGACACUUAGGACAAAUGCUUUUCCUACUUAAAACCCGUACCUCGUCAGAGUUCAGCUUGUGUCUUCAUGGGCCAAUCUAGAACAUUGUUCUUACUGUUUCCUUCUCAGUUUCUCAUAGGUAUCAGCUCACUGACUAAGAGUUGUACACUUCAACUGACCCCAAACACUCUUGAGAGAGUAGAUGUGUUUAGAAUAAUUGCUUCUGCUGUGUCCACUGAGAUUUGGAUCAAAUGUAUAGUUAAUAAACCAGUAUUGUGAGAGGUUGUAUUCAGGCAUUAGUAAUCUACCCUGGCUGAAAUCGAACACACCCAGUUUACCCUAGGUGCGGAACUCCAGCUUACACUGUGACUGUAACCUUAACCUACCGGAGGACCAUACACACCUGUUACAUUCCACCAGGGGCAUCUGAGGAUGGUUGAUCACUUAUCUGAUUGCCCUUGAUGCUAACUUUCUGCCUCCCACUGCCCUUGGAAAAGUGAGUUUGUACCAGGCUUCUGAGUGCUCAAGGAAGAGAUUUGCAUUUUAAAACAAACCCGCUCAGAACUCUCCAGUUUGGUGGGUUAGAAUGUGGCAGCUCCCUACAGUGAUUUUCUGUAACAGCCCUGUAGUCGAAUCUGUGGCUAGUGAUUUCUCCUCGUGGAAGACAAAUUUAAAAUGAAAUUUUCCACGUUGAUAUUUUGUAGGAAUGGUCUUCUAAUCAACGACUAAGCUGCUUUUUGAGGCUCUUGUUGUACAGAGGAUGCAGCCAAUUUACAUUUUAAUUAGCAGGCUGCUUAAUGACGUUUUGUAUGUUUUCAGAUAAUAAUUUAUUUUAAUAGGUUUUUAAUGCAAACUCCAGUGAAGAGCUGGCAAGAAGCUCCAUAGGUCACUGAUUGGGGAAAUUUUGUCACCCAGAACCUAAUGACACAUUUCUAUGCCAGCUAAUUCGUCUUGCCUUUAAAACGGGUGGUGACUCUUAACGCCACUUUUAUAAAUCAAGGGGCAGCCUGUCUGUUCUGAAAAUAACACUUCAAAGAUCCUGUACAACCACUGUCUGAAGGCGAUCCAGUGACCCAGAGCCACCUCCAGCUGUGUCUCCCUACGUGCUGCUUUUGUAACCAGCAAUGGGAUAUAAUAUAAAGCCAGGCGUUACACAGCAAAGGAAGUAAAAUGAGUGGCAGUUUCCGGGGAGCUUGUCUGCAAUGGGAGAGUGCGGGUUGCCCACUGAAAUCUCUGAGACGUUGGUGCUCCCCGCACAGGCUCUAUCCUGGGAAAACUUCUUUGAGAGACCAAUUUGUUAAUUAUUUUCUCUGUUCUUUCGUGGGGGAAGGACAUACAUAGGGUAGAGCGUUUGAUAAGCUUUUAAAAUAUGUCUCUGUCCCCAUUUUAAAUGUCUUCAGUUCUGUACACACUCAUCUGUCACUGAAGUCCAUCUGCUGCUGACUUAAUCACACACAGAGAGGACUCCUGUGUUGCAUGGGGAUACAGUCUUGUCCGUCUUUUUGUCAGCUUUAUGUACGUGAAGGGGCCUCCACACCAGAAGGAACAUCAUACGAGGCAGUAGGAAUGACAGAGACACGGAUUCCUGGGAUGGGAAGGUCCCGUCAUGUUAAGAUGUGUACCUGCCGUCUCUUUCCGCUGACCACUGCUGGCCUCAGCUCCCAUAGCCAGUGCUUGCCCUGUUCCCAUUUGCCUUCCCAGGUGGGGGAUACUGUGUGGUGGACUGUGCUUUUUUUGUUGUUUCAAUUCGAAGAUUUUUCUUUUUUUUUAACGAAGUGUUCUUUUUCAGUCAAUCCACAAAUCAGUUGUCCUUGUAUGGUGAGUUGAAACCACACUGUAUCAGACAAGCUGUGACAUGAUUCGUGACCAUUUUCUCCAUUCCAAGUCUUCAGAGCUGCACAGUGGCUAACUGCUGGCUUUUAAAGAUGUUUUUAACUUACAUGUGGUUUUUUGUUUUUUUUUUUUUCCUUUCUUAUUUCUGUGUCUUUAAAGGGAUUAAACGGUAGUUUAAAAGAA